UUUUCUGAAAUAUUAUAAUAUUUAUUUUGGAGAUACAAGGCCACGCUGACUUUUUUUUGAGAGGCACGAAGGGGCAAAUCAAUUUUAAUAUAUUUUUAAAAAGCAUGUCUUUAUUUUCACUGAGAGGUAAAAAAAAAUCUUUUUAAGCUUUAUUUUUUAUUUCAGUUAAAUGUGCUAUUUUUAUGAUUUUUAUUAAUAGGGCCCGGACUUUUGGUUUUUUGCCUUUUUGUUCCUUUUUAAGGCGUUUACAUGAAACUUAGAUAUAAAUGUGUUUCGCAAAAAAUUACGUUAUUUGAGCCUACUUUAUAAUUGCCUAAUUGCCUAAAAUGAGAGUAUGUGACCUAAAACUGCUUCUUGUGACCUAAAACGUCCUAAACCUGCUGCUAUGCGGUAAUUUCACAAACAUCCAGACAAUGGUGAGCCGAAAGCAGACCCUUCCCGGAAACAACACCAAUAAAGUGCGGUAGCUCUUUGGUUUUACGCCUUUCCUUCCGAUUGUAAUAUUUUAUCUUACAAACAAGUUUGUAACAUUUUUAUUAGUUCUUUUGUAAAUGCACUUCCGCUAGUGCCAUUUGUCAUAUUUCUGACAUUCAGUUAAAAUUGUGUCGUGGUGUAAGUUUGGUGUUCUCUUGUAUACAAUAUUUUUAAACGUCGUGAUGCCUAAAGAAAAAACCUCUAACACAGUUAAAAUUAACCACUGGCUCAAAUCCGUGGAUGAUGGCAAUAUAUAUAAAAUUGCCAACGAUGCCAGAGGAUUAUUCUGUAAAGCAUGUGGCAAAGUGUUUAAGUGUGAAAAGAAGUCUCAUUUGGAACAGCAUGAACGAGGGGACAUUCACAAUAAGAACGUAAAAAAAACAUUUCGUCAAAGUUUGUUAUACCAACAAUCCACUUCUGGGACAGCAAAUCGGGAAUUUAAUUUGGAAAUGUGCAACGCGCUAAUUGCUGCUAACAUUCCAUGGAACAAGUUGUCUUGUCCCAAACUAAAAGAGUUCCUACAAAAAUACACUGGAAAACACAUUCCGGAUGAGUCCACGCUUCGAAAAAAUUACCUAGAGCAGUGUUUUCAAGACACUGUUGAAAGAAUUAAAACUUACAUUCGGGACAACGAUAUUUGGAUUUCUGUCGAUGAAACAACAGAUUCAGUAGGCAGAUAUAUGGCAAAUAUGAUAAUUGGAAAAUUAGAUUGUGAAGCGGCUAGUGUCCCAAUUUUGCUUAGUACAAAAAAAUUUAAAAAAAAGUUUGGGCAAAUUUAAACCUAUUUAAAUAAUAUCUACUUAAAUUUUAUAUCAUUUUAAUAUAAUAUUUUAGGUGUACUGUGGCCUGCGGGCAUCAAAUACGAUAAAGUCAAGCUUUUAGUGACAGAUGGUGCAGCGUAUAUGCUGAAGGCCGGAACGAAUUUAAAAAUAUUUUACGAAAAUCUGCAACAUUUGACAUGUUUGGCGCACUGUUUGCACCUUGUGUGUGAGUCAGUACGUAACCAGUACGAAACUGUCGACGGGUUAAUUUCGAAUGUUAAAAAAAUAUUUUUAAAAGCUCCAACUCGAGUUGAAUUUUAUAAACAGACCUUGCCCGAUA